AUGAAUCCACCUAGGAAACGCCAAAAAGUCUCCUUUGCAUGUCAGAGAUGUCGUCAACGCAAGCUCGGUUGUGAUCAACAACGUCCUUGCCAACUAUGUGUGCGAGCCGGUGCAACGUGUAUAUCACGUGGAGGUGCAAUUUCUGGACAAGCGGAGUCAGUGCAGGAAGUUGGAGAUUCUCUCCGGAGGCGCCAAAGUGACAUCCGCCGUGAUUACGAUGAGGCUGUCAUGCUCCCGGAGUCGAACAUCGUGGAUUUGAGUUGUCAGAUGCUUGGAAAUGAAGAGAAACGCCGCGGUCUGGCUCACGACACUUCAGCUCUGCCAGGAGGUAUAAACUCGGCAGUUUCUGUCGCCACAUGCUCGAUCCCUUGGCGAGAUUUAGCAGGCAUGCCUUUGCCACCGAAGACAGUGCUCGAUAAGUUCAUGACUGAUUUCUUCACGUCUGUGGAUUGGUUCAUAAUGGUCUUUUGCGAGGAAAGCUUCCGGCAACGGUACGAAAAUUUGAUGGCCUCCACUCUUAUCCCAGAGGGAGAAAACGGUAAUUUUCUUUGGCUUGUACUGUUGGUCCUUGGUCUGGGUGCCCACUAUGGGUCGUUGAAUGCUCUGGAUGCGGAUGCCGAUAGCCUCAAACAGCUUUCUGGGGGUCUCCUUAUGCAGAUCGAGCAAAGGCUUUUGGCCAUCACUGAUUCGCCAAAGCUAGAGACAGUACAGAUAUGUGUGUUGCUAGGGAGCUUUUAUCUUUUCAACGGCCGCCCUACUGCUGGCCUAGUGACCUUGGCAGGUGGACUCGAAAUCGCCCAAGUCAUUGGGCUUCAUCACGAGUCAAAGUGGCGUGGGCUUUCUGACGUGUCACGGGAGUCUCGACGGCGCUCGUGGUGGGCAUUGCAAGUUGCAGAUAAAUACGCAGCUAUAGCCUUCGGAAGACCAUGCACAGUGGAUGAUUUGAACUGCGAUGUCGCGUCUGUUAGCGAUAUCGAAACAGAUAGCCAUCCAACAAGUCGACAAGGGCCAUUGUUGGAAUACCACCAAUGGAAGUUCAAACUUUACCGCAUCAUGGGACCAUUUCUGAGCCGACGAGUCCAGAAUAACCAGUUGGAAAGUCUCAAUGCCAUUCAUGCCCAACUGUCCUCCUGGAAGAGCCAACUACCUGACAAACUACGGCUUGAGACAUACAAAGAUAAUCCCAACAGCGAAUCACGAAUCCUUGAAAUGCAGGCCCUAGCUCUCCAAUUGACGUACGAUAAUCUCCAGAUCAUCCUCCAUCGCAGCGCUGCAUUUGGUGUCAACAAACGUGGAUCUCAUUCAAAUGAUGGCGUACACCCGGAAAACUCGUUUUCCCAGCAGCAACUUCUAGAGUCCGCAUUAAGAACCUCCCAGCUGCAUCAGCAUGCUCAACUUUUACAAGCCUGCCGCAAGACACACGCUGUGAUGCACAUUGGGAUCUGCCUCUUCACAUCCGGUGUCGUCCUCUGUGCGAUCGCAUUAGCCCAGCCCCUGUCGAUAGCCAGCCAGAAGGCAAAAGAAGGCGUCAUGCGUAUCCUACGCUUGCAAGAUGACAGUAUAUCCUCCCGGCAUCUGCUUUCUAUUCAGAGUGUCCAGAUCCUGCGGGAUUUAGUGACAGUCGUUAUGCGCUCCGAAGAAAGGGCUAUAUUGGGCUACUCUUCCAUGCCAGUUGGUCCUAUACCUGAGAGAUUUGAUGAUGGCCAGUCAAUCUCAGCAUUCCCGCAGGCGGAUCCCAUAAUCCCCGAUCGGGCCUUACUCGACGAUACAGGCGCACCUCAGCCAUCCUCAAAUACGGGACCUCUCAAUCCUCUGCAGCAAGUCUUCAGGCAACAUCUAAACCAAUCUCUCCCCGCACUUGAUCCACCUGGCUUGAUUGACUCCAACAGCACACAAGGUUCCGUGGAAAUGCAGCAGCCAACCCCGGCAGCAAUGUUUUCAUGGGAUGGGAAUGUAUCCGCACUAGUCGAUGCUGGACUCGUAGAUGCAAGCCAGAUGUGGCUGUGGUCAGAUAAUCUGGAGUAUCAAUCGUUCUCAGAACUUGGUAAUAUAUUCCCUUGA